AUAUAUCGCUGCCUCUGCAGAAUAGUGACACAUUUCAAAAAAUCACCAUUCUGAACAAAAUGCAAAAUUUGAUGUUAAAAUGUGUCUAUUUUGUUAGGAACAACGACAUAUACCUAUAUUUUAAUAAACACCCCAGAGAUGGCGCUAAUGUCACUAUUCUUUACUUACGAAUUUUUUCACUUUAUUCCGGGAAUAUCGUCCUCUUUUCAGAUGUAUCGCAUGUUUGAAAGGGUGCGUGCGUUUUUGUUCCGGAACAACGUCACAUUUCGAAACACAGCCGCUGUUUUUGGAGAAAUUAUGCGAAACAUUGACAUAUUGCGGAUUGUGACGGUUUUCCAAUUUCAUUGAAUAAACAUGGAGAAUUCCCGAUCCAAUUUUAAAUUAAUGCUGAAAAACGCAAUCAUAAAAUCAAGAGAAAAUAAGUCGGAACAGUUUGAUACAUCAGUAGGUGGUAAAUUAGAAACCGCAGGAUCUAAAGCAGAAAUAAAUAUUUUGAAAAAUGAUAAUCCAAUUUUAAAAGGUACCAAGUUUCUUUUUAUGAUUUUAGAUAUAACCUUAGAAAAGGAACCAAGAACUACUACUACUACUAAUAAUAAUGUAUGUCAACCAUUAUCUGAAAAAGAAGUUGAUAGUAGAGAUGCUAUAUUAUCAAAAGAAAUACCACAAAAAAAAUGUGAUUCUCUGGUAACUGGACAUCUGAUGGGUACAGAAGCAAUUAUUGAUGAUGAAACAAAGGAUACUUCUGCUGUUUCAUUACAAGUAAUCAACAAAGUGAAUGAAGGUAAGGAAAAUAUGCCUGUCAAUGAAAUCAGCUCAGCAGAAUCAGAGGAUGGCCAUGAAUUAUUGGAUUAUUCUUCAGACGAUAGUCUUAAAGAUCCAUUGUUUAAAAACCCUAGUAGUUCGUCUUCAAGUUCUUCGGAUUCAUCUGACUCUUCGUCGUCUGGGUCUUCAUCUGGGUCUUCACCUGAAGAACUUGAAGUAGAACCAGAAGGUGAUCGCGAUGAAAAUAUUGUGAUAGAAAAUGAAAAAAGAGGAAAGAAAAGGAAGGCCAAUCCUUCAGGAUCCAUAAAAGCAAAAGCAAAACGUUUGAGAAACGCCGGAAAAUCGUAUAUUUCUAAUUCCAAGAACAAUAAGAAAAUUGUUCCUGAAAGGAAAAUGGGUCCCCCAUGUACUGAAAAGUGCAAGCAUAGAUGUUAUUUGACACUGACAGAAGACCAGCGCCGCAAUAUUUUUUCGGCUUAUUGGAGUCUUGGAGAUAUUCAAAGGCAGAGAGAAUUUUUGUCAUCGAAUAUUGUAUCAAUUGUUCCGAAAUAUUCUUACAGAUUACAUAACAGCAACUGUGCUGGUAAAAAUGCAUUCUAUUUUGUAGUAGAAAACAAAAAAAUACGUGUGUGCAAGCCAUUUUUUCGAUCUACUUAAGCGAUAAAUGAUCGCCCAAUUAGAACAGUACUUGCCAAAAGAAGAAACUCAGUUGGAGGUAUAGUUUUACUAGAUCGACGAGGCAAGCAUGGCAAUCACAAAAAAACUGACAACUCAAUUAAGGAUGGUAUUCGUAAUCAUAUUAAUUCUAUACCAAGAAUCCCAAGCCACUACUGUAGGUCAGACACAACCAGGGAGUUCAUUGAUGGAGGAAAAUCUGUGGCUGAACUCCACAGAGAUUAUGCUAAUGAAUGCAAAGCAAAUAACUUACCUUAUGGAAACUAUGUCAUGUACCAUAAAAUAUUUUUAGCAGAAUUUAAUAUAGCCUUUUUUUCUCCAAAAAAAGACCAAUGUGAAGAUUGCACGGCGUAUUUUAAUGCUACUGAAGACAUUAAAGAACAACUUAAGUCAAGUUAUGACAUGCAUCUAAGGGAAAAGGAGUUGUCUCGACAUGAAAAAGAAGCUGAUAAAAACAAUGACAAUCCGUCCUGUAUUGUAGCUGUUUAUGACUUACAAGGAUCUUUACCAUGCCCAAGGGGAGACGUAUCCAAUUUUUAUUAUGUCUCCAAAAUAAAUACCCUAAAUUUCACAAUAUACAAUUUGAAAACCAAAAACGUUCACUGUUUUGUGUGGCACGAGGGUGAAGGCAACCGAAAUUGCUUCAUGCGUUUUUACUUACCUUGAAGAUCUUAAUGGAAACGCAAAAUCAGGAGAAAAUUUGGAUAUUAUAUUUUUCUCGGAUAAUUGCUGUGGACAGCAAAAGAACCAUUUUCUUAUAGCUAUGUAUUUGUAUGCUAUUACAAAAUUUCAAUUUUUAAAUUCCAUAACGCAUAAAUUUUUAAUUAAGGGCCAUAUACAAAACGAGGGAGAUAGUGUCCAUUCUGUCAUUGAGAGAAGGAUUAAAAGGUCUUUAAAAUCG